AUGUGUCGCGCGCGUACCCGCUCGUGGAACUGAGGUGAAUCGGUGCUGCGCGCGCCCCUGAGAACUAUACCCACCUACUACCGUUGCCGUAGUUACCGACAUACCCGCCCGAGCGGGUGUGUGUGUGCACGAGCGGCCAGUGGGCAGGCAGGAAGGAAGGAGGGAGGAAAGCAGGGAAGGAAGGAGGGAGCGGAAUUAGUCAGUGAUAGAGGGGAGGAGAGGAGGAGAGGCGGCGGGUUCUUCUGCCGAGGUGGACGUGGCGGGUCCGGCGGAGUUUAGCUACAAGUGAUCCGAGGCGGACGGACAGCCAUGAACCGGACCACCCGCAGGCUGGUCCCAGUCAGGUGUGCGUGGUGACGCCCGCAGGACAUCUCGCUUGUUGGUUUUCCAGAAGAGACGCUCAGGGACGCGUCCCUUACCUGCCGGCUCCCCCCCUCUCAGGACGGGUCGAUUUCUUCAGAGGAGGGAGGGAGGACUCAGGGAGGAGGAGGAGGAGGAGGAGGAAGGAGGUGGACCUUUUUAUAACCUCAGUGAUACUAAAGGUGCUGAACCAGAGUGAGGCGAGGAGGGUUAGCUCCGCCCCUCACCAUGACAGACUUAGAGACUGAGUGUUUGAGCCUCGGCCUACCCUCCGAGUGCGGCUCCCCGCCCCCGCCUCUGGACCCCUCCCUGCAGGUGGACUGCGGCGCGGGGCACGGCACCUCGGCCCAGUCUUUGGCCCUCCUCUCCUCCGACUGUCCCACGGCCACGCUCAGCUCGCUGGCGGCGGAGAUCGCAGAGCCGCUGGUGAUGCUGCCGUGUGUGAAGAGCGAGCCGGAGGACGGAGACCUGGAGCCCAUCCGGACCGUGGACCUGUCCGAGAUCCAGCCGCUGUCGACCGCCGAGCUGGGGCAGGACCAGAUCAAGAUGGAGAUCAGCGGCCUCGACUACAUCAAGUCGGAGCAUCACGGCAGCCACCACCUGGGCCACUUCCACCACGCCGACGUCCCAGAGCUGGACUACAAGUCGCACUACGAGCCCAGCUCCGUGUUUGACUACAUCUCCCAGGUGACGGACACUCUGGAGUACAUAAAGUCAGACCACCACGUGGACCUGCAGUGUUACUACACAGAGUCGGGCGCCAUGUCCACCCACCUGCCGCACAACGGCCUGGAGUCCAUCCACAUGGCCGAGCUCCGCACCGAGCUCAACAAGCUGCGACCCGACUCCCUGCUGAUGGACGGCAUGGGCAAACUGGACCCUGAGUUUGCAGGGGGGGCGCUGUACGAGCUGCAGCCGGCCGAGCACGGGAAGACGGGGGCCGACAUGGCGGCGGCAAUGACCGGGCAGGGAGGAGGCGGUAGCCUGGUCAUCACGACCAAAACCCAAAGCCCGACUGUGAGGAAACCCCGUAACAUGCAGGGGGAGAAACCCUUCUCCUGCACGCAGUGCGGGAAGAACUUCAGCACGCUGGGAAACCUGAAAACCCACCAGCGCAUCCACACCGGGGAGCGGCCCUACACCUGCUCGCAGUGCGGCAAGAGCUUCGGCCAGGCGGGAAACCUCAAACGACACCAGCUCAUCCACACGGGCCAGAAGCCGUACGUGUGCGCUCACUGUCCGAAGGGCUUCACCAAGGCCGACGACCUGCGAUCGCACCAGCGGCUGCACACCGGCGAGCGUCCGUUCAUCUGCCUCACCUGCGGGAAGAGCUUCGGCCAGUCGAAGGAGCUGAAGGCUCACCAGCUGAGCCACACGGGCGAGAGGCCGUUCUGUUGCCAGCACUGCGGCAAGAGCUUCAGCAAGGAGACCAGCUACCGCAACCACGUGCAGAUCCACACAGGCGAGAAGCCCUUCACCUGCUCGCAGUGCGGGAAGACUUUCAGCAACUCGGGCGUGUUAAAAACCCACGAGAAGAUCCACUCGGGCGAGCGGCCGUUCGGCUGCACGCAGUGCGGGAAGAGCUUCGGACGCCUCGGCCACCUGAAGGCUCACCAGCAGAUCCACACGGGGGAGCGGCCGUACGCCUGCCCCCACUGCGCCAAGACUUUCAGCCAGUCGGGUCACCUCAAAGCACACGAGCAGAUCCACAAGCGGGAGCGAGUGGACACGGCGAGCAGCAGCAGCAGCAGCAGCAGCAGCAGCAGCAGCAGUGUGGGCAGUGACAGUAGCUAAAAUAAACUCCAUACCCUUUAACCUCGCGGAAAAACAAAGUAUUAUUCCUCUUUUUUAUAAAUACUAUAUAUAAAUUUUUUUCCUUAUGAAUUUUUUCUUACAUUUUCAUACCUUUUGUGCUCUUUUGCAUUAUAUCUGUGGGCCGGGUGGACUCUGACUGAUUUGCUCUUAUGCAAGUGUCUGUGUGUACAUGUACUGUGUGUGUGGGUGGCUGUGAUACCGAGGGGCUUGUAGAUAAUCUUCAAACUGGUCUGUCUGAGCUGUCUCGAGUCCCAGUACUUAUUUUGGAGUACUUACUGAUACACAAGCACAAAUACUUCAGUAACAAAGUUUGAGUACUUCAUUUAGUUUUUUACUGAAACAGACCAGCAGCUGAUGAACCAGAGCCCCGUUUACUAAACGCUCCGGCGUUUCCUGAAGCAGUACUUCAGAGCAAGUACGUGUUCACCAUGUCUGUGGCGACGGGGACACUUCAGAGUAAAGUGGCGAAUGUACCUGAAGGAAUACAUAAAUCCCACAGUGUAGACGUCAGGAAUGUUUUAUACUUUUUAUACUUCAAGCUUAAAGUUCGGUCUUAUCUGGAUAAAAUCCGGACUUCGUUUAACAAACUUCAGAUCCGCCACAGGUCUGAUCACAACCCGUCCUUGUUUUCUCAGCUACACGUAAAUCAGGUCGACCCUCCAGGUGGAGUUUAAGAAGUCCAACGGCGAUGUAUUACAUAAAUACAUGAUGGAAAUAAUCAAUCUUGACACAGAUCCCUUGGAUUUGUUUCUUUUCUUUAAAGAAUUGUGACCCAGAUGCUUUGUCCCUGGGGGGCAGUUGGUCUUGCAGAAAGACAUAGAUGCAGCGUACAGAGGGUACAACAAAUAGACAUCAGAUACAUACUGAGCGUAACGCUUUACUGGGAAAAACCCGGGAAAAGCUGCACAGUUUCUAAGCUCAAAGCUAGUUUUAACAUAUCAGCCAACAUAAACGCACAAGCCCAUUUAUCUGUCUUGCUCUAAUGGUGAUCCACACCAGAAGAAGAACUUAAACUAGAACAAAAAGCAACAACAACGAGCAGUUAUGGUUCAUAAAAUACUGAUGAAUGUGUGUCAUCAGUUGUAGGAGUUGUCAUUAUUUGUGUCAACGGUCAAAAAACGCACACGUCCGAGAGUAAAAAGUAAAAGUGGUAAACUCUUAAAGCCAAAGGAGAUUCACAUACUAGGUUCUAAAUAAAGUUUGUUACGUUGCCAAAUAAACCGUCAUCCCUCGUGUUACACCCAACACGAGGCCACGGCGCCAGCGUUCGUGGUUAAAGGACAGAAUUAAACGUGCAGCUUCUGAAUCUCAUGCGAUGGUUUCUUCAUGAGACGGCGUGUUCAGAUGCUUUUGGGAAACGGCUGUUUGUCUUCAGAAGAUUAAACUCGGUGCGUUCGGUGAACAGGGCUGUGGUUCCAUUACUCAGCGUGUCGACAGCAGUUAAAAGUACUUUUGCCAACCGUGUGUGGGUACUUAUUUUUGAGUACUUGCUGCCAGUUUACUAGUAUUUUCCUUACAGGUGUGGGUACUAGCAGGUGUACGCUCUUUCUGUAUAGUUAAAACAAAUCUGAUAUAAUUUUUAUAUUUUGUAUUGACCAGUAUUGUUUUGUUGUUGAUGAUAAUCUGCUGAUGACAUUCCUUUAAAAUCAUUCCAGUAUCGUCACAAGAUAAAGGACCAAACUCAUCAGCACAAAGGAACCUCCCCUAUCCCCCCGUCCAGAUCGCUCACUGUGUACAAAUCUAUUGAUUAUGUCAUUACUUUUAAAAAAUAAAGAGAAAAUGGGGGAAAAAAACAGAAGUGAAAAAGUGAUGCAGCAUCUUGUACUGGAAAAUGAAUUAUUAAAGAAACUAAUGACA